UCGAGUUGAGUCUUACCAUGAUUAUACACGUACAUAAUUUCAUUCUUAGUUAAUUUCAUAUCGUGUUUGAUAUUCGUGAUCGCGCGGUUUGUGCUCGAUUUGCGAUACGAUAAAUGUAUCGGGAACGUUGAAAAAGUUUUCGAUCGAAAUGGCAUUAAGCAAAAAGAGUCAGAAAUUGAAAUGUGCAAGUCAGGCAGAGAUUCUUCGAUCGCAUCAAAGAGACGAAGACUUCGUCAAACACAUGCGAGAGAAAGUUAUAGAUCUUCUGCAGAUCGUUGGGCGAAGAACGGGUACCUUAUCCUUAGUUAACUCCGAUGUACCGUUUAAACUGAUUUACUUCUUUUUUACGUCGGGAAUGGGAAAUCAAACUCUAGGCGAAGAAUAUACUGGAAUAGUGCAAGCCAAUUUAGAAGCUCGCAAAGUUCCAUCGUUACUUGCAAGGGUACUAUCGGUGAUUUUAGAAUGCUUAGGGGAAAAGGCAUUGUUAAAAAUAUUAAAAAGGUUACAGGCGUCUGUUAAUCAUCCCCAUAGCGAAUUGACCCCUGUAGCUGUUACCUUUUUAAAUUCAUUUAUAUCAAAAAUGUCUACUAUGUUACCUAUUUUUAUACUGAUUCAUAAGGGAUUAUUUUAUAUGUACGGUCGCUAUUAUAGCCUAGGUAAAAGAUUAACAGGAAUCGAUUAUGCAAAGGUGUAUGGUCAUCAUCCAACUGAUGGUAUCAGUUGGGGAUUAAGGUUAUUGGGAAUUGCUACACUUGCAGAAUGUGUAUUAAAAAUUUGGCAGAACACGUAUAAUGAUAACCGUAACGAUAACUACCAAUCAUUAAAUGAGAAGUACACUAGAUCAAUGUGCCAGUUGUGUCUUGAAAGAGUGCCAACGACUACCACACCUUGCGGUCAUUUGUUUUGUUGGUACUGUCUUGCAGAUUGGCUAAGCACUAAACCGCAAUGUCCUCUAUGCAGAGAACAUGUUAUACCUUCCAGAAUUGUACAUGUGAUGAAUUUGUAAUUUUUUAGAUAUUUAAAACGUUAAUAUAGAAUGUGAUAAUUGUAGAAUAAGUAAAAAAAAAUAAUUUUAUCUUCC